CAAAAUAUAUUUUUUAAAAAAUGAGACCCAUAAGUUUUUGUCACAAAAACGAAGGUACCCAUUAGCAAUUUUUUAUUAUUUUCUUGUUCAUUAUUUAUUUUAAAAAAAUGCCCUUGAUAAACUUGAAAAUUCCCCUCCAUUUGGAUGGAGAAAGUGGCGGGUGAAGCUUCGCAAAUGGGAAGGGCCGUCAUCUCAGUCGGAAGUCUGAUAGUGCAACAGAACCAACAACCCGUCUCCAUUGGUAAGCUGCUGAAGAAAUCUUCUAAUCUCCGGCAGCUUCAAUCCCUGUACGAAUCGGUUAUCAAAGCCGGCCGAUUUUCUGGUUUCCUAUUGCAUAUGAACCGGCCAGUUCAUGUUCCGGAUCUGGUUAAAAAAUUCCCAAACUCCGAGCAGUUCGAAUCCUUAUACGGAUUAAUCACCAAAGGAGGUUUAGCCGCAGAUUGUUUCCUGAUGAACAGAUUAAUCAAUGAGUCUGCUGUUUAUGACAUCGAUUUCGCUACUAGGGCUGGAGAAUCGGUUCAUGGCCAGGUUUGGAAAUACGGGUUUUGUUCUCAUGUUCAUGUGUUGACUUGUUUGGUGGAUUUCUAUUCGAAUCUCGGGAAGGUGGUUGAGUCCAGGUUAGUGUUUGAGGAAAUUCCUGAAAGCAGGAAAGAUGGUGUUUCUUGGAGUGCGAUGGUUUCGGCCCUUGUGCGUGAGGGAGACGUGAGUUCUGCCAGGGAGGUGUUUGAUAGAAUGCCCGAGAAAGCCACUGCUUCUUGGAACGCCAUGAUUCACGGCUAUGCUAGUGUUGGGAAUGUGGAAUCUGCUGAGCUGUUGUUCAAUGAGAUGCCGGAGAAGGAUUUGAUUUCAUGGACUACAAUGAUCAAGUGCUAUAGCCAAAACAAGAUGCACAGGAAAUCUUUACAAGUUUUUGAAGAUAUGAAAAAGCAUGGGGUUACGCCUGAUGAAGUGACCAUGACAACAAUUAUUUCAGCUUCUGCCCAUGUUGGAUUUCUGGAUCAUGGGAAGGAAUUGCAUAUAUAUGUGAUGCAAAAAGGGUUUGAUCUUGACGUUUAUAUCGGGUCUGCACUGGUUGACAUGUAUGCAAAGUGUGGGAGCUUGGAGAAGUCACUUGUGGUGUUCUUCAAGCUGCAGGAGAAGAAUCUUUUCUGUUGGAAUUCAGUGAUUGAUGGGCUUGCAGUCCAUGGCUAUGCAGUCGAAGCAUUGGCAAUGUUAGAUAGGAUGGAGAAAGAAAAUAUAAGGCCAAAUGGUGUUACCUUUGUGAGUGUUCUAUCAGCUUGUUGUCAUGCAGGAAUGGUUGAAGAGGGUCGAAGGAGGUUCUUUGACAUGAUAUGUCGCUACCAAAUUCUUCCUCAAAUGGAACACUAUGGUUGCAUGGUGGAUCUGUUAUGUAAGGCUGGUUUGCUAGAGGAGGCAUUAGAAGUAAUAAAAAGAAUGCAAAUGGAACCAAAUGCUGUUAUAUGGGGUGCUUUACUGGCUGGUUGCAGGAUUUAUAAAAACUUUGAAAUUGCCCAAAUUUCCCUAGACAAUCUGGCCAUCUUGGAGCCAAAUAAUGCUGGAAAUUACACCCUUUUACUUAAUAUGUAUGCUGAAGGAAACACAUGGGGUGAAGUUUCCAGGAUAAGAGAAGAUUUCAAAGCAUCUGGAGUUGAAAAGGAGUUUCCGGGAUCAAGUUGGAUUGAAUUGGAAAAGACAGUUCAUCAAUUUUCUGCCUGUGGUUACUUUCAUCCCGCUUCCCAAGAAAUUUACUCCAUACUAGAUGGAUUAGUUGGCCAACUUAAGCAUGUUGAAGGUGUACAAGAGGAUGGUUUUAUUUAAUCAUUUUGCAAAGAUUUUGAGGCAGAUAAGGUCAAUGUGAUUGUUUGCAGUGACGAAACAUGAGCGGGCAAGUGGUAGGUGAAUUUCCCCAUGAAGGCCUUGGUCGUGUGGGACUUAAACCAGGUGGUUGACAUAUCCCUUCCCUUUGAGUGGGGUCGAUUCCCAGCUGUGUAAUACCGUAUACGUGGAAGUUGGAACCAAGAAGAUUAUGUCUCACGGUGAAUUCUCACAAUAUAUUGACCCUCCAAACUUGGAGUAUUAAAUUGGUGCAUUUUGGAGAGUUGCUUUGCCAAAAUUGCACAAUGUUCUCUCUCCAAACCUGCAGUAUUAAAUUGGUGCAUAAUUG